AUAGUGAAACUUACCCCACCAUUAUUAACCGCACCACACUUGCAGACCUCUCCUUUUCUCUUUUCUCUUCUACUUUCAAACCCUAAUUUCAUUUUUGGAAUCUGCAUUCUUAGAAAGAUAAGCUUUUUACCCUUUCUCGAGACACCCAAUUGGGUGGUGGAGAAAGGCAUGAAAUUGGGAUGGAGGUUGAAAACCCAAGAAUCGGAAAUGGUGAAGAAGAUGGAGACAUCAGGAGGAGCAAAGGCGGCGGCGGCGGCACUCUCGGGAGGCUCUAUGGUUGGCCGUCGUCCCGGAUUGUUCGGGUUUCUCGGUCUUCGGGAGGGAAGGACAGGCACAGUAAGGUGUGGACUUCGAAGGGCUUGAGGGACCGCCGCGUCCGCCUCUCCGUCACCACCGCCGUGCAGUUCUACGAUUUGCAGGACCGCCUCGGGUACGACCAGCCCAGCAAGGCGGUGGAGUGGCUGUUGAAGGCGGCGGCUCCGUUUAUCGACGAGCUCCCUUCUCUGAAUGCCUCGUAUCCUGAUACGCUUCAGCUAAGUGAUGGGAGGAAACCCAGGGGUGGGGGCGGCGGAGAUCGGCUGCACAGUAGCCCAUCGGACAACAGCAAAGGCUCCGGCGGGGUUUCUCUUUUCCGGUCGCCGGAGUAUCCUCUCCUGGCCUUGGACGGAACUCGGGUCGGGAAGGAGAAGGCCAAAGAAAAUGUGGAGCCCAUGAACUCCAUUUCCCAAAAUUCAAGCUUCACUGAGCUGUUGACUAGUGGGGGAAGUGCCAUCAAAGGCGAUUCAGAGAUCUUCUCAGUUGACUAUGUCACCAGUGGUCUAUUAAACCAUUCCUCUGCCCAUCAAAUCCACGCCGGAAACCCUCUGAUGAAUCCUCGGGUUUCUUCCUCCCUGUUUAAUGCCACAGGAGAAAACCAAUUCUCCUUUGUCCAGCAUAACAACCCCAACGAUUACAAUCUGAACUUCAGCAUUUCGACUUCUUCCUCGUCUUCUACUGGCAUUGCUGCUUUUAGGGGGACCCUUCAGUCCAAUUCUUCUUCAUCUUCUUCCUCUCUGUCUAUGUUGCCUCCUCACCUCCAGAGGUUUCACCCCAUUGACGGAACGCCAACAGGUUUCUUCGCAGCUGCAGCAGCACCCACAGCUCCACCCGCGGACAACCAUCAUCACUUUCUCCACGGAUUGGAUGCCCGUUUGCAGCUCUACUAUGGCGACCCGCAAUCGGAGCAUAAGCACAAGGGAAAGAACUGAUAAUGUAUGAUUGCCCGUCAGGUCCUCUCCAGCUCAUCUUCAUACAUAUGGUGUGAUUGGAUCAAUGCUCUGUCCUCUAGUGAACGCGAGCUUCCCUCGGCUUGCUUACUUUUCAUUAUUAUGCUUCUAUGCUAUCAAUUACAAUGAUUUCUGGAUUCAUGAAGUGACCAUAUUGUAUCUGUUCAUGCUUUGCAUUUCUUGUUGUGUGUUGUUUUCUUGAUUGAUCUUGGAAUAAAUGCAUCUUCUCUUUAAAUUGUGUUUUCUUUCUCACUCUCUCUUUUGUCACACUCCCAUUUUGCUAAGAUAGAAAUACUUAACUAGGACUAUAACACAUUUCAUUUAUAUAUUGAAAAAUAAUACAGUUUAAGUGCUACUCCUUCCGUCCCUGAGUAUUUGUCCACUUUCAUUUUUGCACACCAUCCAAUGCACUUCUUUAAUCCAUUUUAUCUUGUAAUUUGUAUAUUAAAAAAUUAUAAAAAUUAUAUACUAAUAAUCUAUAUGUUAAGACGAAUCAAACAAGAUCACACAUGACUAUUUUUAGGCUUACACAUUGAGAGAAUUUGAUGAGUCAAAGUGCUUAGAUGAACAGUUCCAAAAGUCAAAAGUGGACAAACACUCAGGGACGGACCAAGUAUUUAGGAAAACGACUUAAGUUUUAGUACAAUUUAGUGCAAAAAUUUCAUUAAAAAAUCCAAUUAAGGAAAUACAAAGUUCUUUUCUUGAUUGACAAAGAAUAUAAGUGAGUUCUUCUAUGGCGGGAAUGAGUACAUCAAAAUUAUUAGAACCAAAGAAAUGAUUGUAAUAUUU